AACACAGCUGCUACUCUGAGACCAGUAAAUAUACUGUGGCUUUAGUUAAAAAAAUAUGCAACUUGCCUGCAAGUCAGCCCUAUGGACUUUCAUCAACUAUUGCCACAGUUAUAGAUUAACUGGCUACUUUUUUAAACCAAAUGUUUUUAAAUCCAAUCUUUAGUUAAAUAUCUAAAUAACAUGUUUGGAAGGGGCAUGAUGUAUGUGGCAAGUGCGUCAGCCUCAGAGAUGGUUUUCAUUUCCUCCUCCUGCCUGUGUUAUUAACUGGAUUGCACUGUGGCAGGGCUCGGGGUUAUUCAGGCAAUGGAAAAUAUCCUGAAACUGGCAAACUUUACCUUCCAUGAACAGCAGUUUUUAGGAAUGCCAUUACAAGCCCAGCCCCCUUUGGCUUCACUCCCUUUGAUUAUCAGGCCACAGCACACUUUUUAAACUCCUGGCUUUGUUAUUGGCUAAGAGGAAGUCCUACUCCCUGUUAUCCUAUAAUCUCUAAACUUUGGGCUGAGGAGGUGACAGCCUUGCCGUUUCAAAAUGAUUAAAAACAAAACUUUCCCUAGAAAACUCCCAAUGCAGAGACCAUCGGUUUUUGCAAUGGCCUUAUAGUAUUUCUAGUAAACAAUUUUCUACCCUAUUUGUUAUGCAACCGAACCCUUUUUUUUUUUUAACCAUGGCUGCACUUAAAAAAGACGUUUUAAUACAAUAUCCACAAUGAGGGCCAGGUUUUUUUCUUGAGUAGUUGCAGUUAAUUUAGAACUCAGCGAUCUGUAUGAAUCAUUCAGAUUAUUCCUUCUAAUUUGCAUUAUUUUGCAUUUUUAACAAUUAAUGUAAUCUACCACCAUGCUGCCUAUUCACCUAAGUCCUCUCUAAAGUUCUCCCCAGUUUUCUUUAGCAUCGACUAACCUAAAUAAUUCCUAACUGUAAUGUAGCCCACGCUCUCUGAAAUCAUUACAGUGCUGUCUACAUGGGGGAGUUAGGUCAGUAUAAUGGUGUCGUUCAGGGGUGUAGUUAUACCGAUAUAGGUUUGUAAUGUAGACCUGGCCUAACUGCUGUGAAGACAACCCUAAAUCUGUUUGCCAAGUGGUGGUGCUUCUCUUCUUACUUAUAGGAAUGAGAAAGUGUACCCCAUUUAAGAGGAUAAAUAAGUAGCCCCCUGUUCUUCAGUCUUGCUCUCUGCACCCACACAAGUCUUGAACACAGGGCUUGACACAGCCUAAGGGAUGGCAUUUUUGUAGGUGCACCACAUUACAAUAUUGUCAGGAGUCUUAGGACAUCAGUGUGCGAAUGGCAGUUUCUCUCACUGAGAAAGGAGAAAUCUCAUUAAAAUCAUUCCCUAAGUAUCAGUUUGUGUAUUUCUUUUAAACUGUCUCGGGUAGAAACUACAUCCCAGGCAAAAAGAAAAGGAGUACUUGUGGCACCUUAGAGACUAACCAAUUUAUGUGAGCAUGAGCUUUCGUGAGCUACAGCUCACUUCAUCAGAUGUCACUUCAGAUCAGAUGUCACUUCACAUCAGAUGUCACUUCAUCAGGCAAAGACAGUCAAGACACUUUACAGAAAGGAAGCAAGUGAAAGAAACUUAGUUUUCUCUGCUUGCAUAUUUGGCACCCCACAGAGCAGUACUUAUCUGUUCUAUUUUCAUGGAGGGCAAAGUCUCUGAUCAAAGAUAAGGGUAACAACAUGUCAUGCUUCAGGGCAUAAGUAGAUUGCUGUUUGUCAGGAAUUAUUUUUCCUCUCUCUAAAAUGCUACAGAGUCAGCUAGGUAAGUUAUGGAUUUCCCUCCCACUUUGCUCUGAAUUAUUAAAGCUAAGAUUCACAACUGCCUUGCACCUUGAGUACUUGCUUUCACCUCUGCAAAGUGGAAGUAAGAUGCCACCAUUCAGGUGCAGUGAUAGUCACCCACUUUGCACAGGUCUGGAGGACUCCAUAAGGUGCAAGGCUGCAGGAGAUCAGGAUCCAAUUUUUAAUAGCCAGAUUCAAACAUGACUACACUGGCCACUGCUGGAUACUAGACUUGAUGGAUCAAUGGUCUGCUUCAGUAUGAGAAAUCUUAGUAAGAGGUCUGAGGCCUUGCCUACACUUAAAAAUUAGAUCAACCUAGCUACAUCGCUUGGGGUUGUGAAAAAUUUCAUGUCCUGAGGAUAUAUCUACACAACAGGUGCUACAGUGGCAAAGUUAUAGUCUACACUUCCUAUAUCAACAGAUAUUUCUACACUUCCUAUAUUGACAGAAGAGGUUUGUCUGUCAAUGUAGUUAAUCCACCUCUCUGAGGCCUGGUCUACACUAUGAGUUUAUGUCGGAUUUAGCAGCGUUAAAUCAAAUUAACCCUGCACAUGUCCACACAACGAAGCCAUUUUUUUGACAUAAAGGGCUCUUAAAACUGAUUUCUGUGCUCCUCCCCAAGCAGGGGAUUAGCGCUGAAAUCGACACUGCCGUUUCAAAUUAGGGUUAGUGUGGACGCAAUUCAAAGGUAUUGGCCGCCGGGAGCUAUCCCACAGUGCACCAUUGUGACCGCUCUGGACAGCACGCUGAACUCAGAUGCACUGGCCAGAUGUACAGGAAAAGCCCUGGGAACUUUUGAAUCUCAUUUCCUGUUUGACCAGGCGAGCUGAUCAGCACAGGUGACCAUGCAGUCCCAGAAUCGAAAAAGAGCUCCAUCAUGGACCGAACGGGAGGUACUGGAUCUGAUCGCUGUAUGGGGAGAGGAAUCCGUGCUAUCAGAACUACACUCCAAAAGAUGAAAUACCAAAACAUUUCAAAAAAUCUCCGAGGCCAUGAGGGACAGAGGCUACAGCAGGGAUGCAACACAGUGCCACGUGUAACUUAAGGAGCUCAGACAAGCGUACCAGAAAACCAAAGAAUCAAACAGACGCUCCGGGACAGAGCCCCAGACAUGUCGCUUCUACACUGAGCUGCAUGCAAUUUUAGGGGGGGCCACUACCACCACUACCCCACCCCUGUCCGUGGACUUCGAUGAUGGGGUACUCUCCGCCAUGCCUGAGGAUUUUGUGGACAGGGAAGAUGAGGAGGAAGAUGAGCUUGAGGAGAGCACACAGCACACCAUUCUCCCCGACAGCCAGGAUCUUUUUAUCACCCUGACUGAAAUACCCUCCCAACACAAAGAAGCCAGAGAAGGGACCUCUGCAGCUGCAAAUGUUUCAAGCCUCCCUCCUCCAUCCCAAAGGCUAUCUCAGAUAAGGCGGCGACAAAAAUGCAUGCGCGAUGAAAUGUUCUCCAAGCUCAUGCAGUCGUCCGGCACUGACAGAGCUCAGCAGAAUGUAUGGAGGGACACAAUAGUAGAGUACAGGAAAGUGGCCAAUGAACGAGAGGAGAGGUGGCAGCAGGAAGAUCAGAGGAGGCAUGAGGCAACGCUGGGGCUACUGCAGGAUCAAACAGACAUGCUCCGGAGUCUGGUGGAGGUUCAUGAACAGCAGCAGGAUCACAGACUGCCGCUGCAGCCCCAGUUUAACUGCCCUCCCUCCUCCCCAAGUUCCAUAGCCUCCUCACCCAGACGCCCAAGAACGCAGGGGGCGGGGAGCCUCCGGGCACCCAACCACUCCACCCCAGCGGACAGCCCAAGCAAGAGAAGGCUGGCAUUAAACAAGUUUUAAAGUGGCCUUUUCCUUCCCUCCUACCCUCCUCCCACACCCCACCCGG